AUGGCCGCAGCCGAUGAUACUGGAGUGAAGACGGACCUCAAGGUCUCGUCGCAGCCUUCGUCUCUCAAGGAUGUGUCGACUGGCGGCGCUGAGUUGGCCAGCACUGCGCCGCUGCCCACCUACGAACACGAAAAGAAACUUGUCCUGAAGUUCGACUUGUGCAUCCUGCCCGUCCUGGCCUUCAUGUACCUUUGCAACUCUUUAGACAAAGGAAACCUUGGCAACGCAAAGACCGAUGGCAUGGAAAAGGACCUCCACUUCAAGACCAACCAGUACAACCUCAUCCUGUCCAUCUUCUUCAUCCCUUAUGUCCUCUUCGCCCCUCCUUUUGCCUUCCUGGGAAAGAAGUAUGGCCCUAACAAGGUCCUCCCCAUCCUCAUGUUUACCUUCGGAAGCAUGACCCUGCUUGGCGCUUCUGUCCGCAACUUUGGCGGCAUGAUGGCCCUCCGUUGGAUCCUGGGAAUGUCCGAGUCCGCCUUUUUCCCUCUGGUUAUCUACUACUUGACAACCUUCUACCGUCGUGGUGAGCUUGCUCGCCGUCUGGCUCUCUUCUACGCCGCCUCCAACAUUGCGAACGCCUUCUCUGGUCUGCUCGCUUUUGGCGUCUUUCAAAUCAACUCCCACCUCCACGGCUGGAGAAUCCUCUUCCUGGUCGAGGGCGCCAUGACCGUCGCCUUCUCCGUCUUCGCCUUCUUCUACCUCCCCAAGUCCGGCUCCGAGGCCUGGUUCCUGACCGAGGAGGAGAAGCGCAUUGCGUUCCAGCGCAUGCAGAUGGACUCGUCGUCGGUCGUCAACGAAAAGUUCAACCUGAAGGAGUCGCUCAAGGUGUUCCGCAUGCCCGCCGCAUUCGCCUGGCUGGGCAUCGAAAUCUGCCUGGGCGUGCCGCUGCAGUCGGUGUCGCUCUUCAUGCCGCAGAUCGUGGGAGCGCUGGGCUACGGCAGCGUCAAGACGAACCUAUACACGGUCGCACCCAACGUCGUCGGCGCCGUCGUGCUGCUCAUCCUGGCCUUCUCGUCCGACUACGCCCGCCUGCGCUUCCCCUUCAUCGCCCUCGGCUUCCUGCUCACCUUCACCGGCUUCAUCAUCUACGCCGCCAUCCCGGACAUCCACGCCCAGAUCCACGUCGCGUAUUUCGCCUGCUUCAUGAUGACCUGGGGCACCAGCGCCCCCAGCGUCUUGCUGAGCACCUGGUACAACAACAACGUCGCACACGAGGGUCGCCGUGUUACGCUCACUUCCGUCGGUGUCCCGCUCGCCAACCUCAUGGGCGUCGUCAGCUCCAACAUCUUCCGCAGCCAGGACGCUCCGAAGUACGUGCCCGCGCUCGCCACGACCGCUGCGUUCGGCGCCACCGGCGCUGUGUUGACGCUGCUGCUUGGCGCGUACAUGAUCAUUGAUAACAAGAGGAGGGAUCUGAAGCAGGGCAUCAAGAUGAGGGCGAGGGAUGUGAGCACCGAGAAGCUGAGGGAGGGCCCGAACAGCCCGGAUUUCAGAUGGUUUUUGUAA